AUGACGAUGUUUCGACUGAUUGUCAAGAUCUUUAGCGUAUCAUCGCUGUUGUUGUUAGUGUCCUUGAAGGAUGCCAGUGCUGCAUUGCCACCCAAUUUUGAUGAGAAGCUAGUCAAGUCUCUCAGUUUGCUGACCGACUUUGUCUUUUUGCCAGAUGGCCAGAUGUUAAUCAGCGAGAAGAAUGGCAAGAUCCACGUCAUGGAAAACCCUUUGUCUCUCGACAGUGGGAUUCGUACUGUCAUGAACUUGGAGGGUGUUAUCUGUAACAACGGAGAACGCGGUGUCAACAGCAUGUUGGUGGAUCCCAACUUCAACUCGAACCGAUACGUUUAUGUCUAUUACACUUGGAACAAGAACAACUUUUGUGGAACUGACAGUGACCAAGCUCCCGUCAAUCGUUUGUCUCGCUUUACGCUUGCCAACGACUUUAGUUUUGGAUCGGAAAAGCAUCUAGUGCAAACAGAUCCCGUCGUCAAGCAAUAUCACAAUGCCGGUGGUAUCGUUUGGGGGAAUGAUGGGAACAUUUGGUUGGUCACUGGUGAUGGCGGUGAACGAGAACACAACUUCUACACCGCCGCUGGCCAACGUCCCGAUAACUUGCGGGCCAAACUCAUUCGGAUCACACCCUCGGGUGGGAUUCCUUCCGACAAUCCCUUUCGGGGAUCCAACUCGGCCCGUUGCAACGAUACAGGCAUGACAUCGGAAGGCAAGGAAUGUCAAGAAAUCUAUGCCCUCGGAUUACGAAAUCCAUGGAGCAUGAGCUCGGACCCUUAUGUCACCGACAAGGUCCGUCUGCUCAUUAAUGACGUGGGAGGUUCCGCAUGGGAAGAAGUCAAUGAGGCUGGAUCCGACCACCGGGCCGCCAACUAUGGAUUCCCUGUCCGAGAAGGUCCCUGCAAAUUGGCCAAAACCACGGACUGUGACAAUCAAGAUGCCGAAUUCACCUCUCCUUAUUACUAUUACAUUCACCGGACCAAUCCAGAUCCCGAAAAGAAGGACGAAGGUGCCGGUACCGCAGGAGACUUUUUGCCACCCAAUAGUGGAUGGCCAGCCGAAUUCAACGGAUCCUACUUUUACGCCGAUUUUGUCUUUAACGAAAUCUACCGCCUCGUCGAGAAUGGUGGCUCCGACUGCAAAUCUUGCAACCCGCCCACGUCGCGAUUUGAUGCGGUUCCCUUUUUUCAGGUACCACGAAUCACCCGCAUCCAUUUUGGUCCCGACGACAAUGGCAAAAAGGCCAUGUAUUACAUUUCCCAUGGCGGCGAUGGAUUCAGUCCCGGCAUUCGCAAGAUCUUUUAUGCAGGAAGCGCCAAUCGAGUUCCCGUGGCCAAGAUUGACGCCAAUCCUACCUUUGGUGCCUUGCCACUAACUGUCACCUUUGAUGGAUCCAGCAGUACCGACCCAGAUGGCGAUUCGUUGUCGUACGAAUGGGAUUUGAAUGGCAAUGGGAACGUGGAUAGCACCUCCUCCUCCACCACCUUUACCUUUGAAAAUGCUGGCAUGUACACUGGAACACUUACCGUCAAGGAUGGUAAUGGUGGAACGAGCACACAGACGAUCCGGAUCGAUGCUGGUAAUGUCCCUCCAGUUCCUCGAAUUACAAUGCCACUGGACGAUACUCUCUUUUCCGUCGGCGACGUCCUUACCUUGGUGGGAUCGGCCACGGACGAACAAGAGGGUGCCCUUCCCGAUUCGGCAUUGGAAUGGUAUGUCGACAAGUACCAUGCCGAUCAUACCCAUCCCUACCUCGCAUGGACCUCUGGAAACAACAUUGCCAUUGAUCCUGCCCCCAUUCCGGAAGAUUUCAUGGCGGCUACCAAUAGCUUUUUGCGAAUCUACCUCAAGGUGGCGGAUAGCACUGGAUUGUCCGCAACCGUGACGCGAGACAUUUAUCCCAACAAGGUCACCAUGGACUUUACGUCCGAACCAUCUGGAAUGACAUUGAUUCUAGAUGGGUACGAAGUUACUACACCGUAUACUGGCGUGAGCUGGGACAAGCAUACAUUGAAGCUAGAAGCACCCGAUCAAGGACUGAUGGUCUUUGAUAGCUGGUCUGACGCAGCCGAUCGAGUGCACAACAUUCCUGUCGGAGGAGAUGUCGGAUCUAGCUUCCGUGCCAUCUUUCGCGAAUUGCAGUUGAACACCAUUUUGACCAGUGCCAGUUCCGGAAUCACUUCAGAGGAUGGACCAGUCGCCAUUGACGGUUUGAAUGGUCUCACCAUUGAACAACUUUCGAAUGGGAAACUCAUGAUCAUGAAUACCAUCAAUUCCAGCAUGAUUUGGGAAUCCAAUCCCAGUUCGGUUACGGAGUCUACCUACCGUACCUUUUUGCAAUCGGACGGUAACUUUAUUACCCGCCGUACAACCGAUGACGCCGUAGUGUGGAAAUCGCAGAGUGAAGGUGGAAAGGUGGAUUCCUCUUGUGGAUCUGCCUUUUUGGCCAUUGAAGCUACGGCUCAAAUCUUGGGUGUCUAUUGUGGAGCGGAAGACAAUAGUUCUGGCAGUUUGUGGUCCAUUGAGACUGGGCCCGUCCUUGCAGCCACGGGUGCUCCCACUCUUGCUACUCCAACCAUGGAGCCAACAAUCGAAACUUCACUCCCAACACGCAUGCCAACGGGUGUUGGAGCAGAUCCCACUGCGGCCCCAGCAGUUCCAAUGGAACCAACUACCGAUGUGGCGGAUCCCACUGCGGCCCCAGCAGCUCCAAUGGAACCAACUACCGAUGGAGCCGAUAAUCCAACUACGGCUCCAGCAGCUCCAAUGGAACCAACGACCGAUGAAGUCGAUGAUCCCACUGCGGCUCCAGCAGCUCCAACCGGAUCCGGUUCGGAUCGUGGAAUCGAUGAUUCUGCUGCAACGAGUGGUGUUCCCACUUUCUUUUUUGUGUCAAUGAUUGUCUUGUUUGGCAUUGUGGCUGCACUCUAA